UCCCAGAUGAGCGUCAGUCAGUCGGUGACGGGCUUCAGAACCGGAGCAGCACCGGAUCAUGAGCGCUAACACGGCCUCCUGACAGCUGCACGGCUCGGUUCCGGUGUCAGGGAGCGAGAUGGACGGCGGCGAGAGGAAGGAUGUGAAGCUCUCUGCUGAAGUGGAACCGUUUAUUCCUCAGAAGAAAGGCGUGGAAUCUUCAUUAUUACCCAUGAGUCUGUGCGGUGAGGGCGGAGCUGAGCCCACGCAAAUCCCCUCAUACCUGAUCACCUGCUACCCGUUUGUGCAGGAGAAUCAGAGCAGCAGUCGGCAGCUGCCCAUGUAUAACGGUGAGCACCGCUGGCAGCAGCUAAACCCAGGCCCCGGCGGGCCAUACCUGGCGUACCCCAUCCUGUCAUCCCCACAGCCGCCCGUCAGCAGUGAUUACGCCACGUACUAUCACGCCAUCAUGCCCACUCCCUGCCCGCCCGUCAUGGGCUUCUACCAGCCGUUCCCAGGGCCGUACGCUGGGCCCCUGCUGAACCCGCUGUCAGACUGCAGCGAGAGACCCCCGCAGCCGGGACAGACCCCCAGAGCCAGAGGCGGAGCACGCACACCGGUGCUGCAGAAGCAGCCGAUGGUUCAGCCAAUCAGAGCCAAGCGUCCUGUGAUGCGGAGUGUGGCGGUGCAGAAGGAGGUGUGUGCCGCCGGGCCUGAUGGGAGAUCCAAGACGGUGCUGCUGGUGGACGCAGCUCAGCAGACAGAUUUCCCCGGCGAGGCGUCUGGCGGUGUCAGGUGUGUGUCGGAUCAGGUGAGCCCCCAGCAGUGGAAGAAUAAACCCCGGCGCAGACGCACGUCUCAGCAGGAGUCGUCCAGUGAGCAGGGGGCGAGUGAAGCGGACAUUGACAGCGACAGCGGAUACUGCAGCCCCAAACACAACCAGGGGGCCGCAAACACCUCCAGCAGCCAGAACACCAACACUGCGGCUGUGGAUGCUGGCAUCAUGACAGCUGUGAGCUGGGGGAGUGUCUCCUCUCCAGGUGUCCAGAAGCCGUGGGCAGACAGAAACACACUCUUUCACAGAGGCAGCAGAACACCUGAACAGAGGAGCUAUACACAGGACUUCCAGAUGAACUUUGGAGGACGAGCGGCAGGACAGAGGAGAUCCACACCUCCAGAGACCCCCAACACACACCUCACACCUGAGCCACUCUACUUCCAGGAUGAGGAUGAGUUUCCUGAUCUGGCCACAGGUGGCGCUGCGCAGCGGAAUAAACCAGAGCCAGCCCAGCCCAAACUGACCAAGAGUCUGCUGGAUAAUCUCCCGGACAGCUCCCCCAUCAGUAUUGUUCAGACCCCCAUCCCCAUCACCAGCUCCGUCCCCAAGAGAGCCAAGAGUCAGAGGAAGAAAGCGCUGGCCGCCGCACUCGCCACUGCGCAGGAGUACAACGAGAUCAGCAUGGAGCAGAAGAAACUGCAGGAGGCUCUGUCUAAAGCUGCAGGUAAGAAGAGCAGGACUCCUGUACAGCUGGAUCUGGGCGACAUGUUGGCGGCGCUGGAGAAACAACAACAGGCCAUGAGAGCACGACAACUCAACAACACCAAACCACUCUCAUACACAGUGGGCACAGUGGGAGCUCUGCACAGUAAAGAUGGCGGUGUGUGUGUGUCGGGCCUGAAGAGCUCCUCAUACGCUCCUCCACACAACAUGCUGGACUCCAGCGCUCCACGGAUCAAGAGGGGCAAAGAGAGAGAGAUCCCCAAGGUCAAGAAGACCACCGCCAUGAAGAAGAUCAUUCUGCAGGAGCGCGAGGUGAAGAAGGGCAAGAGUUCUGCAGAUCAGAGUGUGUGUGAAGCUGAAGAACAGAGAGACACGCUGAGCUUCACUGACACACUCACACAGGAGCAGGAUGAGAACGGUCUGAGCGUGCCCAGUGAUGCGUCUCUGUCUCCAGCCAGUCAGAACUCUCCAUACAGCAUCACACCGGUGUCUCAGGGCUCUCCGGGCAGCUCCGGCAUCGGGAGCCCAAUGGCUGCGUCCGCCAUCACCAAAAUACACAGCCGGCGCUUCAGAGAGUACUGUAAUCAGGUGCUGAGUAAGGAGAUCGAUGAGAGUGUGACGCUGCUGCUGCAGGAGCUGGUGCGCUUUCAGGAGCGUGUCUACCAAAAGGAGCCCAGCAAAGCCAAAGCCAAGCGGCGUCUGGUGAUGGGCCUGCGAGAGGUCACCAAACACAUGAAGCUGCACAAGAUCAAGUGUGUGAUCAUCUCUCCCAACUGCGAGAAGAUCCAGGCCAAAGGGGGGCUGGAUGAAGCUCUGUAUAAUGUGAUCGCCAUGGCCCGAGAGCAGGAGAUCCCGUUUGUGUUUGCUCUGGGCCGCAAAGCUCUGGGCCGCUGCGUCAAUAAACUGGUGCCUGUGAGCGUUGUGGGAAUCUUCAACUAUUCUGGAGCAGAGGGUCUGUUCAAUAAGCUGGUGUCCUUGACGGAGGAGGCACGGCGGGCCUAUAAGGAGAUGGUGAGCGCUCUGGAGCAGGAGCAGGCCGAGGAGGCGCUGAAGAACGUCAAGAAGGUCCCGCACCACAUGGGCCACUCCAGAAACCCCUCCGCCGCCAGCGCCAUCUCCUUCUGCAGCGUCAUCUCAGAGCCCAUCUCAGAGGUCAACGAGAAGGAGUACGAGACCAACUGGAGGACGAUGGUGGAGAACGCAGACGCUCUGGAGUCUGAGCCCAUCAUGACCAGCAGGAGCAGCAGAGAGCAGCAGGACGUCCCAUCAGCCCCCACACAGCCCAGCGCUAAUGCUAACCCCACUAUCCCCACGGGGCGAGAGGAGUCCCGCACAGACGACCGGCUGGAGUGGGCCUCGCAGCAGAGCACGGAGACCGGGUCGCUGGACGGCCAGCUGCACUCCUCCAUCACCAGCACCACCAGUACACUAGUGCCCGGCAUGCUGGAGGAGGAGGAAGAGGAAGAGGAGGAGGAAGAGGAGUACAGCUCUGCACCUGUCCCACUGCCCGCCCUCAGCUGCAGGAUCGAGAGCUGGGUCUCCAAAACCCUGGAGAACCUGCAGCUGCGCAGACGGAGCAGCACUGAGGAAGAGGAGGAGGAGACGCGGAGGAGUGAAGAAGAAGAGGAGGAAGAAGAGGAGGAGGAGGAGAACGAGGAGAUCGAGGCAUCAGACAUCACUGAACCAGCAGCAGAUCAUAAAGAAGAGGCUGAGGCUAUCAUUGGCUGAUGAACACACACACACAUAAACCUUCAUUUAUACACACACUCAUAUAUACACACACUCACAUAAACAAACACACUGACACACA